AUGGGGAUUCAGAGGCGCGGUGCACUUGCUUGGCUGCCAAGGUUGUUGGACCGGUAUCAGGCGGCAGGCGAAGCAGCCCAACCUGUCACAGAGAAUGCAGACAGCAGCGACGAACUUGCUAAGGAAGGCGCAGCUUACAAUUCGUGGAGACACCUUCGAAAACGGGUUGGACCGACAAAGGCUGUAAUUGUCGCCGUUGUAGUGAUACUAGUGUCGGGGGCUCGUUACUUUAUGUCGAAGAGGUCGCGGCCCUCCAUGCAGGCCCCACAGUCACUGGCCCCACAUCUCCAACAAACCAAACAGCUACUACUGGACGAAGUGAGCGUGCGUAAGUACGUGGAUGAGUUCAACGCCGCAGCGGACGCAAUGAAACAGGCGUGGGGAUCCUCUGAACCACCUGACGGUCAAGAGCUGCUGGGAGAUCCGCUGGAUACGAUCAGUAGCCACGUCGCUAAGAUGCGCGAAUGCAAAGUUCCACCGGAGUCUUCUGUGAAGGCGCGCAGGGGCUUCGUUCAACACGUGCAAGUCUUACAGAGUAUUUGCAGCGCAGUCACGCUUCGCCUAGAGGAAUUGAAGUGGUACAUGGAUAUGAAUAAGGAUUUCGGCAUGCCUGUGCCUGUUCCUGGCCACGACCAGCCCGUCUCUUACCCUUCUCUUAAGGAGCUUGAGGAGAUGCGAGAAGGCGGCUUGACGGCUAAUGAAUUCUUGCAUUCCUUGGGGCUGUUUGGCGGUGGCAGCGCGCAGAGCGUAGAUGCAGGGCUAGUUGCCAAAUUAGUAUGGUUGUUGGAUAUUGGCAGCACAGCUCACGAGGGAAAUUUGCUUGCCCGCCAUUAUUUGGAGCGUCUUGUUCAACCGUUAGGAGAUGACACGUCCCGCGCCGCUCAUGCGACUGCCGCCCGUUCCACUACCGAAUACCAGAUUCCAUACACUGGAAGACCAUUUGGAACUGCGGCAUUCGCACAAGCAGUUGCUCGUAUAUACGGCGAGUCGCAUGGCACUCUGAACUACGCAGACGAACGAUACCUGCGCGGGAUUGUGGAAAAUUGGACGACCAAUCGCAUGGCACUCUGA